AUGGCCGAGUCCGAGUUCAAAUACUAUCAUUAUGACCCCUCCUUGGCGGCAGCCAUUAUAUUUAUUAUCACGUUUAUAGCGACAACAACUCUUCAUUGCUAUCAGCUUCUACGGACUCGCAUCUGGUUUAUGAUUCCCUUCAUUGUCGGAGGGUUCUUCCAAUUUAUAGGUUACAUCGGCCGCGCUAUUUCUCAUACUGAGACCCCAGACUGGACAUUGGGACCAUACCUUAUACAGACGCUUCUCCUCCUCGUGGCACCCGCCCUCUUUGCAGCAAGCAUCUACAUGGAGUUGAGCCGCAUCAUCAUUGCGGCAGACGGCGAAAGUCACGCUUUGAUCAAGAAGAAGUGGCUCACCAAGAUAUUUGUCAUCGGAGAUGUCAUUUCUUUCUUUGUCCAAGGAGGAGGCGGCGGCAUCCAGUCCUCCGGCACCAAAAGUUCCCUCGAUACGGGCAAGUACAUCAUCGUCGGCGGCCUCCUCGUGCAGAUCCUCUUCUUUGGCUGCUUUAUUGCCGUCGCCGUCCACUUCAACCUCGCCAUGAAAAGGGUGCCAACCCCUCGCGCUCAAGGCGAUAUUCCCUGGCGCAAACACCUGAUGGCUCUCUUCAUCGGAAGCGCUCUCAUCAUGGCCCGAUCUCUUUUCCGUAUCAUAGAAUACCUACAAGGCUUUUCGGGGUACUUGCUCUCGCACGAAGUAUAUCUGUAUAUUUUUGAUGCGCUCUUGAUGCUGGCCGUUAUGGUUCUUUUCAAUGUGUUACAUCCAAGUGAGGUUGUGGCGUCAGUAAGAGGAGGAAAUGUGAAGAGAGGUUGGAAGAUGAGAAAGAUUGUCGGAUAUGAUGAACGUGCUGCGUCUGAUGAUUCGGAGAGGGGAUCUACUUAG